UGGCAACACUGUCAUGGCGGCAUCGGAAGCUGGUACCUAGAGAGACCGCCUGUUGUGUUCCAAGUUUUUCCGACAUUUUUCCGUUAGCCAGUGUGGUGCUGGAGGGAGGACGGGUGGAGGAGGGUGAGAAGAGGCCGUGAGGUGAGUGAGAGGAUGGACAGUCACGAGGAAGACGGGGAAAUAAGGGAGGAGGGCCGUCGCCACCACCACCACCACGACCCCGAACAGGACGACGACGACUUCAGCAUGUCCUCAUACGAUGGUGACCAGGGGGACAGUCUAGACAUCAAGCCGCCCCAGGCCGUGGUGCAGCGGCGGGAGAAGCGAGAGAAGAGAGAGAAGAGGGAGAGACACCGACACAAGGGGGAGAGGCACAAGGAACGCCACCGCAGCAGCAGAGAGCACAGAGGACACGACGAGAGGCGCAGGGAACAUAGGAAACAUCGGAAGGAGGUGGGGCCACGGGAGGGAGACAGGAGGGAGGUGAGGAGGCAUGAGAAGAGACACGAGAGAGGAGGAAGGCAUGAGAGGCAAAUGUUGGACGCCAGGAGCAAGAUUGAGAAGAGGAAGAUGAUGGAGAGAGAAAUGCAGGAAAGAAGGCGAGACAGGGAGCACGAGGAAUAUUACAUCGAUGAACGCGAGAGCUACGAACACCUUGACUACAGAAGGGACCACCAGGGGCGCGGGGCCGGUGGUGGGGGCAUGGGGGGUGGCGGCGGCAGCAUGGGGGGUGAAUAUGGGGCCUAUACACACCACCGGCGGGAGGAACGCACCCUGCCACAGCUGUCACCGAGGGAGAGAGCUGAGAGGGACAGGAGGAUGGAACGGCUGCUGGUGGCUGACAAGCAAAAGGAACUGUCUCAGCGCGAGGCGGAGAGCAGGAGACAGAGGCGGGAGGAGAGGCGGGAGGAACAGCUGUCCCGCCACAGGGUAGGGGGCGUGGGGGGCGACUUCCUCCCUCACAGCAGUGGCAGACACAGCAGGGCCCCCCACUCACCCCCACAGCAUCAACAGCAGCAGGGAGGGAUGAAGAAGAGGAAACACCACCACCAGCCUUAUCAACACCCAGGAGAUGCAGAGGUGACAAUAGUAAGCGACGAGGAGGAAGAAGAGGAGGAGCUGGAGGAGGAGGAGGAGGAGGGGGUAUACGAGGAGGCAGUGGAGGUGAAGGAGGAGGGAAAGAAGAGGAAGAGGAAGAGGAGGGAGGAGGAGAGAGGAGGAGGCGGGGGAGGAGGAGGAGGAAGCAACACCCACCAUUCUGACUCGAGGGACAGCGGAUCGUCAGACAGUGAGACUGAUUCAGAUUCUGAGAGCAGCAGCAGCACAGAGACAGAUGUGGAGGAGGAGGAGAAGGAGGAGAACUCAGCAACUGGAAGGGAAAAAGGUUCUGAUGAUCACAUGUCGAGGUCAGGCAGUGGCACCGGAUCAGCCAGGUCAGGCACACCAUCUCCUACUCGGGCACGACGCUACAAUGACUCGCCUAACAUGGAGGGGCGGCGGUCUGACCAGGAGGACGCCACCUACCUGCCGGAGAGCUCCCCUGAGUCACCACUGGAACUGAAGGAGCAGCUGCCCUCUUACUUCCCUGCCAUCAUGGGCUGCCGCUCUGUUGACGAGUUUGAGUGUCUUAACAGGAUAGAGGAGGGGACAUACGGUGUGGUGUACCGGGCCCGGGAGAAAGCCACCAACCAAAUAGUGGCGCUGAAGAGACUCAAGAUGGAGAAGGAGAAGGAAGGCUUCCCCAUCACCUCACUCAGAGAGGUCAACACUCUGCUCAAGGGCCAGCAUGAAAACAUCGUAACAGUCCGUGAAAUAGUGGUGGGGAGCAACAUGGACAAGAUUUACAUAGUGAUGGAUUACGUGGAGCAUGACUUGAAGAGCUUGAUGGAGACGAUGAGGCAGAAGAAGCAAGUGUUUACCAUUGGGGAGAUCAAGACUCUAAUGCAGCAACUCCUCAAGGCUGUCCACCACCUGCACGACAACUGGAUCCUGCACAGAGACCUCAAGACUUCCAACCUGCUUCUCUCUCACCGUGGUAUUCUGAAGGUGGGCGACUUUGGCCUGGCAAGAGAGUACGGGUCCCCUCUGAAGCACUACACGCCCAUAGUGGUCACCUUGUGGUACCGUGCGCCUGAGCUGCUCCUGGGGGCCAAGCAGUACUCCACACACAUUGAUGUCUGGUCUGUGGGGUGUAUCUUUGGGGAGCUGCUGGGGAUGGAGCCAAUGUUCCCAGGAAAAUCAGAAAUUGAUCAGCUUAAUAAGAUUUUUAAGGACCUUGGCACCCCCAGCGACAAAAUCUGGCCGGGGUACAACCAGCUGCCCCUCGUGAAGAAGACCCAGUUUGCUGACUACCCGUACAACCACCUCAGGGAACGCUUCAAGAGCAGGCUGUCCGAUGAGGGCUUCAAUCUGCUCAAUAGAUUCCUGACCUACAACCCACAAAUGAGGAUAACCUGCCAGAAAGCCAUCCGUCAUGAUUACUUCCACAAGGAGCCACCCGCCCCCAUCGACCCAGCCAUGUUCCCCACCUGGCCAGCCAAGUCAGAGAACCCCCAUGCCAGGUCAAAGAAGAUGGGACCAAGUCCAAAGCCUCCCUCUGGUGGCAAGAACUUCAAGGACCUGGUGGAUGGAGAUGACGAGAUGGCAGCUACUGGUUUCUUCCUGGGCGGGGCAGCAAGCAGUGGCCCCGGGUUUGUGUUGAAGAUGUGAGCUGCCCUGCCCCUCCAUGCCAGCCCCCUGUCACCGCUCGAUACCUCCUGACACCACUGCUAACCCUGGCAGUGUUUGUGUGGCUCUGGUGCUGUUGAAAUGGCGCUGUUUUGGAAUCCUGAUUCUUUUUUGGAGUCUGCUGGUCUUGGAAUCUUGCUGGCAGUGUUGGAGUCUUGCUAGCAGUGUUGGAAUCUUGCUGGCAGUGUUGGAGUCUUGCUGGCAGUAUUGGAAUCUUGCUGGCAGUGUUGCAAUAGUGGCAGCAGUGUUGUAUUUAACUUACUGGCCACCUCCCUGCCCUGCCUGGUACCUGAAACAACAGACUGCAUUAAUGAAAAAAGAAAAGUACAGAUUUGCAAUGUACAAUAUUUCACUACUGUAAUAUAAAGUUAAUUCUAGUUUCUA